UAGAUUAGUCAGUACAUAUGGCUGUCAACGUGAGAACGAAAUUGUCUUAACUGAUCUUAACAACGCCGAGCUUGAUCACUGUUAAUCAGUUAAUCAGUUCAUUGUUCAUUCAAAAACAGAAAUCUGUUUUAAGUAUAUUAUAACACGUUGUCUUUUGCAUCUUCGAAUUUACUUAAAUUCUGUCGUCAUCAGUUCAGUACGUACAGUGAGUGAAUAACUGGUGAUUACAUUGAGUCACUGGAAGCAAUUGUCAAUUUAAGCCCGUCAGAAAUCCAAGAUUCGUCAUUAUGUGUGCGAAAAUGGCAUUUCAGCACCAAGCUGGCACGGCUAUGAAGUGCUUAAGUAUACCAAUCACAUUACACAAGGAAACGGAAGUCAAUGAAAAUGGGGAGAAAGUAAUGAAAUGUGGUUUCAAGAUUGGUGGUGGAAUAGAUCAAGAUUUUAGAAAAAGUCCCCAAGGUUACACAGACAACGGUAUAUAUGUAACCGAAGUACACGAAGGAUCUCCAGCAGCAAAAAGUGGUCUUCGGAUGCAUGACAAAAUAUUACAAUGUAAUGGGUAUGAUUUUACCAUGGUCACUCAUAAAAAAGCAGUAUCUUAUAUCAGAAAACAUCCAGUAUUAAAUUUAUUAGUAGCUCGCAAAGGUGUGACCAGUACUUAAAUACCAAAUGAAAUGUUUACACAAUAUGAGAGAAGUAUUUAUUUCACUUAAUACAUUAACAAAGUCAAUUUAUUUGAGCUACAUCUCUGCCAAAUAUCAGAUUAGUUUGUAGCCAAUAGUAAGAUUAUUUUAAUUAUUGAAAAUCGAAAGAAUUGAAAUUUGAGUAUUUUAUCAUUGUGACAGUAAUAAGUGUUCAAUAUCCUAAUUGAGAAUAGAACAGAAUAAAUUUAAUUCAAUCGCACUAGGUGAUUAGUUGAAACGUUUAAUUUGCAGGUGUAAUAUUCAUUUUUCAUUGCAGUAGAAUUAGAGUACUAGAACAAUAGAUUGAUAUAUGUAUAAAAUGAAAAUCAUACUAAAUAAUGUUUAUUGUAUAUCAAAAUUUACAAUAUUUCGUGUGCCAAACAGUAAUUAUUAUCAUGGAAUCCAUAUGAACAAUUCUUACCGCCAUGUAUAUAUUUAUACAUAAGACAAGUUUCAUAGGGAGAAGUUUAGUUGAACAAAAAAUACUUGUUUAAUUAGAACAAAGGAAAUAAUUUAAUGGAUGAGAGUCAUAAUAUUUUAAUUCAUUAAGUAUUUCUAUAUUGUAAAAUAUAACAAAAAUGCCAAAGCAUAAUGAAGUUACACUAGUUUAAAUACACAACAGUACUUUUUACAAAAUUUUGUAUGCUAUUGUAUGUCAAUGUAUUAUUGUAAGACAAGUACAGAAUAACUUCGAAUUUAUGCAUUUAGAAUAUUGCAUUUAAUAAUUGAAACAAUCAUGCAAUAAACGUUGUUUUUGAUACUUUCGAUAAGUACCGCAUUUUUUGUACACGUAACAUACACGAAUGAGCGAGAAUAUGUGAAAUUUCUGUAUUUUGAACUAUUUGUAAAACGUGUUUUGUUACUUGUUCGAAUGUAUACAAAAAAUAAUUCAGAGUGGAUACUUUAAUAUUAAUAGAAGAAUUGAAUUUUCUAUUUUAUAUAUCUUUUACUUUGACCAGUAAUUAAUAUUUCUAUGCAUUUCUGAGUGCGUUUUUUAAAAAUAAGGGAAUCAAUACUGUAUUUCACGUUUUUUGAAUUGGCUUUAAAUGUACAAUAAGUGAAACAAAAGGGAAAGUUCCUGUGACAUGUACGGCUUUCUUUUGUAUCCUUGUAUUUUUAAUAUAUUAUAAUUACAGUGCAAAAGUCGAAUCGUUUUAUAAGAGAUAAUAUAGUAUGUUAUCAUGUUUUUAUAACUAGUCUGCUAAUACGAAUGUUAAAAAAUAAAGAUGAAAUCGUAGAAUAUAAAUUAUUAUGUGUGCGACCACUAUGCAUGUAUGUAGUUAUCUAAGAUUCUUUGUAUAGAGCCUCAAUUAAAACAAAAAUUACAUGCAUUAGUCCAACCAAUACACAAAUCUACAUUUAUAUGAAAAGUAUAUGUUAUUUAUUAUGAAAAACCUGAUUAAUAUAAAAAACUGCGAAAGGAA